GGAAGAGCCAUUCGCCCAUACCCCUUGUAGCCCUUGUCUUAUCCCGACAUCCCACCUCGCUGCCUUCGCUUUCGCCCUGAGAUCUCACUACUCGCUCGCACCCAAACGGCUUCCCCUGCCCCCUGCUUUAUCUUUUUGUUCUCUUCCCCCCAGCUCGCAAGUCCCCGUCUCUACCCCCAAACCCCUCACUUUGUCGAGCUGCACUUUGCUUCAGUUUCUUCCUCUGCUUACACUCCACUCCUCCCGGUUGUCUUCAAGCAAAUCUUCCUUUCUGCUAAUUAAUUGCCAUUUCUUUCGGGAUCGGAGCAAUGGAGAAGAAGCAGGGGUUCUUUUCGGCGCUCAAGGGGGAGGUGGUGCGGGGACUCUCACCGGCGAGGUCACGGGGAAAGUCGCCAGCACGGAUGCUGCUUCCGCGCAGCCGCAAGAAGGCGGCUACGGAGGCGGCGGCGGCGCCGCCUGACCAGCUCCAUCAGUACAUGCUGGAUCAGCCUAUCGCCCACUCCGGCAGCCUCCGGCCGGGCGGCGUGGUCCUGGCGCCGCUUAUGGAGGGCCCGGACAUGGCCGACAGUGACACUUUGGCUGAGGAGUCCGGCCGACGAGAUGGGUUCGGACAGUGGGUCCGCGGCCACCUGUCCCGUGCCCCGUCAAUGGCCGGCGGCAGCGGUGGGUCGUGUCGCCGCUCCGACCUCCGCCUCCUCCUCGGCGUCAUGGGCGCGCCGCUCGCGCCCGUCUCAACCUCCGCCGCCGAGCCGCUGCCUCAUCUCUUCGGAAAGGGCACCCCCAUUGAAUCCUCGUCGGCGCAGUACAUCCUGCAGCAGUACAUAGCGGCGUCAGGAGGUGCAAAGCUGCUGCGGUCGGUGCGGAACGCGUACGCGACGGGAAAGGUGCGGAUGAUCGCGUCGGAAUUCGAAACGGCCAAUCGGGUCGUCAAGAAUCGCAGCUCCGGCGCCGCUGCGGCCGUGGAGCAGGGAGGAUUCGUGCUCUGGCAGAUGUCCCCGGACUUGUGGUACGUCGAGCUCGCCGUCGGCGGCAGCAAGGUCCGCGCUGGAUGCAACGGUCGCCUCGUCUGGCGCCACACGCCCUGGCUCGGUGCCCACGCCGCCAAGGGCCCCGUCCGCCCCCUCCGCCGCGCCCUCCAGGUCACAUUCCCAUUGCCGCCAAUAGGACUCGACCCGCUGACGACGGUUGGGCUGUUUGCGGAGGCGCGGUGCGUGGGCGAGAAGAAGGUGAGCGGCGAGGACUGCUUCAUCCUGAAGCUGUCGGCGGACGGGGAGACGUUGCGGCAGCGCAGCGAGGGGCCGGCGGAUAUCAUCCGGCACGUGCUGUUCGGCUACUUCAGCCAGCGCACGGGCCUCCUGGUGCACGUCGAGGACUCGCACCUCACCCGCAUCCAGCCACACGCCGGAGGGGACGCCGUGUACUGGGAGACCACCAUCAGCUCCUUCCUGGAGGACUACCGCCCCGUGGAAGGCAUCAUGAUCGCGCACGCCGGCCGCUCCGCCGUCACGCUGUUCCGGUUCGGCGAGAUGGCCAUGAGCCACACGAAGACGCGCAUGGAGGAGGCGUGGAUCAUCGACGAGGCCGCGUUCAACGUGCCGGGGCUGUCGACUGACUGCUUCAUCCCGCCCGCCGACAUCCGGCGCGGCUCUGUCGGUGAGCCCUGCGAGCUUCCACCGCCGGGGGAGCGCGUCAAGCCCGGCGCCAUGCACCCCGCGCGUGCUGCCGCGGGCGUGCACCCGCGGCGCAAUGCGGCCGGCAACAAGAUUCACUGGAGAGUGGAAGUCUGAGAACUGGAGAAAGUUUCUGAUUGGAUUAAUGAUUACGAUUAGUUAAGCAGCAAUCUAGAGAGAAUUCAAUCAAUGCACUUUGUUCAUAGUUCCAGGAAUCAAAUCUUUCUUCGAAUACUAACUUCAUUCUAUCUAGUGGCUUGUAUUAUGUACAGAUGAGCAAAGCGUCUCCUCCCUCUCCGUGUUCAAUUGUACUGUAAUAUUUGCAAUAAUUCUCCGC